AUGGAAUCGUCCAAUAUCAAACUUUAUUAUCAAAACACCAGAGGACUCAGAUCUAAAACUGUGCAGUUCUUUCAUAAUGUCGUUUCUACUGACUACAAUGUAAUAUGUCUGACGGAGACUUGGCUCAAGGGUGGUGUCCUGUCUGGGGAGCUGUUUCCCGGUGGAUAUCAGGUAUUCAGGCGUGACCGCGGGGAUGCAGUUUCCGUCAAGAAGGAUGGUGGUGGUGUCCUGGUUGCGGUAGAUUCAUCCUUGGAUGCAUCUCAUCACCCGGAGCUCCAGUCGACGGCAGAGGAUGUGUGGGUGUCUAUAAAAUCAGGUGACAAGUUGGUGUACAUAGUUUGCGCAUAUCUUCCUCCCAGUGACAAAUCUUCAUAUCAUAGUUUUUUGAAUAACUUUGAAUCCAAUCAACAACUUAUAUCAAAUAAUACUGUGAUCGUUGUUGGGGACUUCAAUCUGCCACACGUUGGUUGGGUUGAUUCCGUAGACUCACCCAAUUUGGUGCCAGUUAAUGUGGGUGAUGAGUCGGCGGAGUUCAUCGACUUGUUCUCGCUCUUUGGCUUCAACCAGUUUAGUACAACAAGAAACUCAAAAGACAGAAUUUUGGACUUGAUAUUUUGUAACGAAAAUUUUAUAGAUAGAGUAUCAAAAUCUGAGGAUCCUUUAGUUCCGGAGGACAGGCAUCAUCCCUCACUUGAGUUCCAUUAUAAAUAUCAGAGAUAUCAGCCUCUCCGCGGUUCUUUAAAAUUUACUAAAAACUUCAAAAGGGCUGACUAUGAUUGUAUAAACAGAGAGCUUUCUAGCCUCGAUUGGGUUGAGCUGUUCGACGGUCUCAACGUUGAUGAUGCCGUCAGUAUUUUCUAUGACAGGAUAGGUAAAUUAAUUGAUAAACAUGUUCCUACCUUCAGAGUCAAUACAAAGUACCUCAGUUAUUUCAGGAAGGAUACCAUAAAAUGCAUAAAACAAAAAUUAUAUUACCACAAAAAAUACAAAAAAUUUCGAAACCAAUCAGAUUACAUCAACUACUCAAUAUUGAGAAAAUCAUCUAAAAACUUAAUUUGUAGAGACUAUUCAACUUAUUUGCAAAGUGUGGAAUCGGAUAUUCUCAGCAGCAAUAACGGAAAGGGUUUCUGGAGGUAUAUGUCCAACAGGCGGAAGUCAAGAAUGUUCAUUCCUAAAAAAAUGACGCUUGAGACAUCUAGUGCUAACGGACCUAGAGAGGUGUGCGAACUAUUUGCCACUUUCUUUAAAAGUACCUUUGAAACACCUAAAGACGGUACUGUCUUUCACUUUCGUAAAAAUCCCAAAAUUUCUAUAGCCGUUGAUGAGUCUGAAGUACGUAACCUCCUUCAAAAUAUUGAAAUCAACAAAUCACCUGGACCGACGGAAUACCCCCAAUUUUCAUAA